AUAUAUUCCAUUUCUACAACCAAACAAACAAAAGCAGUCCCAAAUUCUUUGGCUAAAUCAUUUUAAAAAAUUCAGUGGGGACUCUGGUUUCCAACACUCCUCUACUCCUUCACCAUAGCAGUCGUGGGUGUCGAUAUAUCUGUUUCCAUGGAGAGCGCCUUCGCGAACGCGUCUGCGAUAUCUGAUCAGCGGCAAAAGAUCGAGCAGUACAAGCACAUACUCUCAUCCGUAAUUUCUUCCAACGACACAACUCAGGCCAAGAAGUUUAUUGACCAUAUGUUAUCUGACGAUGUACCAUUGGUGGUUUCUCGUCAACUACUGCAGACCUUUGCGCAAGAAUUAGGGCUAUUACAGCCGGAAACCCAGAAGGAGAUUGCCCAUUAUAUCCUUGCGCAGAUUCAGCCACGGGUUGUUUCGUUUGAGGAACAAGUGCUAAUCAUACGAGAGAAACUUGCCGAACUGUAUGAAUCUAAACAGCAGUGGUCAAAGGCUGCUCAGAUGCUCAGUGGCAUUGAUCUAGAUUCUGGAAUGAGAGUGAUUGACGAUACGUUCAGGUUAUCAAAAUGUGUCCAAGUAGCUCGCCUUUAUCUUGAGGAUGAUGAUGCUGUUAACGCAGAAGCUUUUAUUAAUAAGGCUUCAUUCUUGGUUAGCAGCAGUCAGCAGGAAGUACUGAACUUACAAUAUAAGGUAUGUUAUGCAAGGAUUUUAGAUUUGAAGAGGAAGUUCUUGGAGGCAGCAUUACGUUAUUAUGACAUUUCUCAAAUUGAGAAGAGGAAAAUAGGAGAAGAAGAGAUUGACGAGGAAGCACUGGAACAAGCUCUAUCUGCUGCUGUUACAUGUACAAUUCUGGCUGCUGCAGGACCGCAACGUUCUCGUGUUCUUGCAACUUUAUACAAAGAUGAAAGGUGCGCAAAAUUAAAGAUUUAUCCAAUUCUCCAAAAGGUAUACUUGGAGAGAAUUUUAAGAAAACCAGAAAUCGAUGCAUUUGCUAAAGAAUUAAAAGCACAUCAGAAAGCUGUUCUACCUGACAACUUCACUGUCCUUGAUCGUGCUAUGAUUGAGCAUAAUUUGCUGAGUGCGAGCAAACUUUACACAAACAUAAGCUUCCAUGAGUUGGGCACCUUGCUGGGCAUUGAACCUAAUAAGGCUGAAAAAAUAGCGUCAAGAAUGAUCUAUGAGGACAGAAUGAGAGGAUCGAUUGACCAGGUGGAAGCUGUCAUACAUUUCGAGGAUGACACAGAGGAACUGCAGCGAUGGGAUCAACAGAUUGUUGGGUUAUGUCAAGCUCUCAAUGAUGUCCUGGACAGCAUGGCAAAGAAGGGAUUGCCAAUUCCUGUCUGAUCUUCUGCAUUGUAACUUGUAAGCACUUUGGGGUAAAAUGUUUGGUUGGAUCCUAAGGAAUGGAAUUGUUGGAAUAGCUUUUGUUUGGUUUCACUUUUUACAAUGGAAGCACUUUUCUUAUGGAGUUGUCCAUUUUAAAACUUGUAGAGACAUUAGAGACUUGAUCUUUAUCACAUAAAUCUCACAUUAUUAAUAUUAUUAAUGUCUUUUUUAUUUAUUUUUUUAGAA